GCCGCAGUGGUGAUCAUACAGGCGGCGGGUGGGCACGUGACGCAGCUCCGGGAACAGUGUUUACAGUGAGACGUGUAUCCAACAGCUGGUGAAGGAACUACAAUUGGCGAGGAGGAGGAGAGCUGGAUCAGCGGGGAGGAACUGUACACAGAGGGCAGCAGCGAUGAUGAGGCCGCCCACGCCCGCAGCCCCGCCCACCACCACGCCCACCACCCACACCAACUCCCGGACCACUCCAAGUACCCCGCCCACCCCACGCCGCCCACCACCCCGCCUUCAGCAGCCUCGGAGCCAGCACAGCAGAACGACCCACACCUGACGGAGACGACGCGACGACUCUCGCUCAUGGGUCUGGAGAAGGUGGGGGAGGCCGCCCACACACCGUCCUCCAGCAUUGACGCAGAGGAGGUGGAGGAGCAGGAGGAGGUGAUGCUAUGGCGGCCCAAGCGAGGCUCCAUCAAGCUACCCCAUGUGGAGUUGGAUCCACCGGCCUCCGCCCUCCUAGAGCAGGUCUCGGGUUGAGACCAACCACACCCAAGCCACCAGCUACACCCCACCCCACCAGCAGGCAUAGUGCAGCCAUCACCAGCCACACCCAAGCCACCAGCCACACCCAAGCCACCAGCCACACCCAAGCCACCAGCCACACCCAAGCCACCAACCACACCCAAGCC